UCUUUUUUUUUUUUUUGUAGAGAGAAAAAGAAUCCAUCAUCAAUCGCUUCACCUCUUUCAUCUCUAGAGAGAGAAACUUGGUCUUCUGUCUGAAGAUCGAUCUCUUCUCCAUGAAAUGAGGAGAUAUCUGGAGAAUGUUUUGAAGAUAGUUUAAAGAUCUAGUUGCAGAUCUGGUGAUAGUUUUUGGUGGGUCUUCAGCAUCUGAGUUGAAAAGUCUCGGAUUGAAGGAAACAUGUCUUCCCUCAGUAGAGAGCUCGUGUUCUUGAUCUUACAGUUUCUUGAUGAAGAGAAGUUCAAAGAGACUGUUCAUAAGCUUGAACAAGAAUCUGGAUUUUUCUUCAAUAUGAAGUAUUUUGAGGAUGAGGUGCACAAUGGUAACUGGGAUGAGGUGGAGAGAUAUCUCUCAGGGUUCACGAAAGUGGACGAUAACCGAUAUUCCAUGAAAAUAUUCUUCGAGAUCAGGAAACAGAAGUAUCUUGAGGCAUUGGAUAAGCAUGAUCGUCCAAAAGCUGUGGAUAUUCUGGUGAAGGAUUUGAAAGUGUUUUCCACCUUCAACGAAGAGCUUUUCAAGGAAAUCACUCAGCUCUUGACAUUAGAGAACUUCCGGGAGAAUGAACAGUUAUCCAAGUACGGGGACACGAAGUCGGCAAGAGCUAUCAUGUUGGUGGAACUCAAGAAGCUAAUUGAAGCAAAUCCAUUAUUCCGCGAUAAAUUGCAGUUUCCUACCCUUAGAAACUCGAGGCUGAGGACUCUGAUCAACCAGAGCUUAAACUGGCAACACCAACUUUGUAAAAACCCGAGGCCUAACCCAGAUAUCAAAACUCUUUUCGUGGAUCAUUCAUGUGGCCCACCUAAUGGUGCAAGGGCACCUUCCCCUGUAAACAAUCCGCUUCUCGGGUCAUUACCAAAAGCAGGGGGAUUUCCUCCUUUGGGUGCACAUGGGCCAUUUCAGCCCACACCUUCACCGGUUCCAACACCUCUUGCUGGUUGGAUGUCUAGUCCUUCCACUGUUCCUCAUCCAGCUGUGUCUGGAGGAGCCAUAGCUCUUGGAGCUCCAUCUAUCCCAGCUGCCCUGAAACACCCGAGGACUCCACCAACUAAUUCUUCUGUAGAUUACCCUUCAGGGGAUUCUGACCAUGUCUCCAAAAGAACAAGACCUAUGAUGGGAAUCUCCGAUGAAGUGAACUUAGGAGUUAACAUGUUACCUAUGACGUUCCCGGGACAAGCCCAUGGUCAUACUCAGGCUUUCAAAGCACCCGAUGACUUGCCCAAGACAGUUGCUCGGUCUUUGAGCCAGGGCUCGUCUCCUAUGAGCAUGGAUUUCCAUCCGGUUAAGCAGACUCUGCUACUAGUUGGUACAAAUGUAGGGGAUAUCGGACUCUGGGAAGUCGGUUCUCGUGAACGUCUAGUGCAGAAAACAUUCAAAGUUUGGGACUUGAAUAAAUGCUCAAUGCCCCUGCAGGCUGCUUUGGUGAAAGAUCCUGUAGUUUCUGUCAACCGUGUGAUAUGGAACCCUGAUGGUUCCUUGUUCGGAGUCGCUUACUCGAGGCACAUCGUACAACUAUACUCUUAUCAUGGGGGUGAAGACAUGAGACAACACCUCGAGAUCGAUGCACAUGUCGGUGGUGUAAACGAUAUCGCAUUCUCUACUCCGAACAAGCAACUCUGUGUAAUAACCUGUGGAGAUGACAAGACCAUCAAGGUCUGGGAUGCUGCCACGGGUGUUAAGCGACAUACUUUCGAAGGCCACGAGGCUCCCGUAUACUCUAUCUGUCCUCACUACAAGGAAAACAUUCAGUUCAUCUUUUCAACAGCGCUCGAUGGAAAGAUAAAAGCGUGGUUAUACGAUAAUAUGGGUUCUCGGGUUGACUACGAUGCUCCAGGUCGUUGGUGCACGACAAUGGCGUAUAGUGCCGAUGGAACGAGGCUCUUUUCGUGUGGAACGAGUAAAGACGGGGAAUCGUACAUAGUAGAGUGGAACGAGAGCGAAGGAGCCGUUAAAAGAACGUAUCAAGGAUUCCACAAGCGUUCUCUCGGUGUUGUGCAGUUCGAUACGACCAAGAAUCGGUACCUGGCUGCGGGUGAUGACUUCUCCGUUAAGUUCUGGGAUAUGGAUAAUAUACAACUUUUGACCGCCAUUGAUGCUGAUGGAGGUCUUCAGGCAAGCCCACGAAUACGUUUUAACAAGGAAGGCUCUCUCUUGGCCGUCUCUGCUAACGAGAACGUGAUCAAGAUUUUGUCGAAUUCUGAUGGUUUAAGGCUAUUGCACACAUUCGAAAACAUAUCAGCGGAAUCCUCCAAGCCUGCCAUUAGCUCCAUUGCUGCCAGUGCUAGUGCUGGCCUUGCGGAUAGAUCCGCUUCUGUUGUUUCGAUCCCCGGAAUGAACGGAGAAUCCCGAAAUAUGGUGGAUGUGAAGCCGGUGAUUACUGAAGAAUCGAACGAUAAGUCUAAGAUAUGGAAGCUCACCGAGAUAAAUGAACCCUCUCAGUGCCGGUCGUUGAGGCUCCCCGAGAAUCUCAGAGUCACCAAGAUUUCAAGAUUGAUUUUCACGAAUUCGGGUAAUGCUAUCUUGGCGUUGGCUUCGAAUGCUAUCCAUCUGCUAUGGAAGUGGCAGCGAAAUGACCGCAACUCAACUGGAAAGGCGACAGCUAGUGUACCUCCUCACCAAUGGCAACCAGCAAGCGGAAUCCUCAUGACAAAUGACGUGGCUGAGACUAACCCCGAAGAAGCUGUUCCAUGUUUUGCUUUGUCCAAGAACGAUUCGUACGUAAUGUCGGCUUCUGGAGGGAAGAUCUCAUUGUUUAACAUGAUGACGUUUAAGACAAUGGCUACUUUCAUGCCGCCUCCCCCUGCUGCUACGUUUCUUGCUUUUCAUCCUCAAGACAACAAUAUCAUCGCCAUCGGGAUGGACGAUAGCACGAUACAGAUUUACAAUGUCCGAGUGGAUGAGGUUAAGAGCAAGCUCAAAGGUCAUUCGAAGAGAAUAACAGGCCUUGCCUUUUCCAACAUACUUAACGUGCUGGUUUCAUCUGGAGCAGAUGCCCAGAUCUGUGUCUGGAACACGGACGGAUGGGAGAAGCAGAAGAGCAAGCUUCUGCAACUUCCUCAGGGAAGAACAGCAGCGGCUUCGCCAUCAGACACGCGUGUGCAGUUCCAUCAAGACCAGAUUCACUUCCUGGUCGUGCACGAGACUCAGCUCGCUAUAUACGAAACCACGAAACUCGAAUGCAUGAAACAGUGGGUUGUGCGAGAAUCAUCAGCUCCGAUCACUCACGCGACAUUUUCAUGCGAUAGCCAGCUGAUCUACGCGAGUUUCAUGGACGCAACUGUCUGUGUUUUUGGCUCUUCGAAUCUUCGGUUGCGCUGCCGAGUUAACCCUUCUGCAUAUCUUCCUGCUAAUCUCAGCAAUUCGAAUGUGCAUCCACUGGUGAUCACUGCACAUCCACAAGAGCCGAACAUGUUCGCGGUGGGUUUAUCGGACGGAGGAGUUCACAUUUUCGAGCCGUUGGAUUCGGAAGGCAAAUGGGGCGUGGCACCACCGGCUGAGAACGGCUCGGCCAGCACUGCAGCCAUGCCGUCGAAGACUCGCUGA